CAGCUCCUGCCUAAUGGGGAGAGUUGAUGGUUCGAGGUGCGAGUAAGAGUGACGACGAUUGGUCAGCCUUGGCUGCCUGGGCCUGGGCGGGAGCUCCCGGCGGCGGCGGCGGCGGCCGCGGGUGGGGGCCGAGUGGAGUGGAGGCGCAGCAAGAUGGCGGCGGAGGCAGUGGAGCUCCAUAAGCUGAAGCUUGCUGAACUAAAGCAGGAAUGUCUUGCUCGUGGUUUGGAGACCAAGGGAAUAAAACAAGAUCUCAUCAACAGACUCCAAGCAUAUCUUGAAGAGCAUGCUGAAGAGGAGGCAAAUGAAGAAGAUGUAUUGGGAGAUGAAACAGAGGAAGAAGAACCAAAGCCCAUAGAACUGCCUGUCAAAGAAGAAGAACCACCUGAAAAAACUGUUGAUGUAGCGGCAGAGAAGAAAGUGGUAAAAAUCACAUCUGAAAUACCACAGACUGAGAGAAUGCAGAAGAGAGCUGAACGAUUCAAUGUGCCUGUGAGCUUGGAGAGCAAGAAAGCUGCCCGGGCAGCUAGAUUUGGGAUUUCCUCAGUUCCAUCAAAAGGUCUGUCAUCUGACCCCAAGCCUAUGGUUAACCUGGAUAAACUAAAGGAAAGAGCUCAAAGAUUUGGUUUGAAUGUCUCUUCAAUCUCCAGAAGGCAGUUACUGUUUUCUUUAUAUUGCCUGAGGAUUUUCCAAAUGUGGAAGAGAAGGAGCAAAGUGGAUUUUGAAAAGUUGAAGAUGUCUUCUGAAGGGCUCAGUUUGGAACCAUCUUACUCCACGAUGGAGAAAACGUCUGAAGAUGAUGAGAAGCUGAAAAAGAGGAAGGAGCGAUUUGGGAUUGUCACAAGUUUACCUGGAACAGGAAACACAGGAGAUACAGAGGCAAAGAAGAGGAAAAGAGCAGAGCGCUUUGGGAUUGCGUGAUGAGAAAGCUGCUUGAUGCUUUCUGUUAUCCAGUGGUUUCCAGCUCUCUGGCUCUUCUUGGCCACAUAUAUACCUGAAUGCAGAGUCCUGUGCCUAGGUCCUGCCUUGCAAUGAGGGAGCGUGUACCCAGGUACAUCCGUGAGCUCCAGCAGCGAUCUGACUAACUGCUGUGCCGGCUCUAGAGUGGUCGCUGUUGAUUGUGUUGUUUAUUAUUAUUUUGCUUGUUAAUAAAAAAACAAAUAGAAAAGAGAACAAUGUGUUUUAUUAGGCCCUCCUUUGAGUUCUUAGAGCCAGAUUAGACCAGAUAAGGGGAGCUUCAAGGAUAAAUAUUAUAGGGAAUUAGCCAUAAUGCCUGUAUCUUUUAGAAAAGAGAACAGAGAGAAGGAUUGGAUCUAUCCCGUUACGCAUAUUGAUUGCCUUCUCAUACUUCAGGUGUCCUUUUACCUCUUUAUCCCCCAUGAAGAGGCCAAGUUUCACCCUGAAUCUUCACCUCCGCAGGUUGGCAUAACCCAUUGGGAUAAAAUAGAACACACGGUUUUAGGAGGUGCAGAGGUUAUAAAAACAGGGGCUAAUGAUUGGUAGUCCAGAGCCCUAUUCUGGAGUCCACAAGGGCCCUAUUUUCAAGGAUGACCUGAUAUGAUAAUGUCUGGCUUCAGCCAAAACCAGUGUUGAUUGUACAUUUCAGGAAAGGAGAUAAGCUAGCUACCUGCUUAGAGGAGAAAGUUUAGGGAUUCAAGGCCUGACAGGAUGUCAGAAGUGGGAAGCAUUGUUACCUGGAUCAUUGGAACAUAGGCAGUGCACUGGAGGCUUCUGUUUUCCAGUCAAGCCCUGGCCUAGUUUGUCUUCUAUUGCAGAGAUGUACCAUCACAGUUCUGCUGGCAGUGGUUCUUAGAUACUUCGAAAGUGUUUUCCUUGCUGAGCCUCCUUCUUAGAAGUUUGGCUCUCCCUAAGUAGGCUGUUUGUUUGCAUCUGAAGUUUCACAUAGAUUAGGGACAUGCUGCUUACUCUUUUUUGGAUGUGUUGCUACAGUGUUUCUCCUUUUAAUCUUCAUUUAAAUUUUUGGACGUCUAUGUAAAGUUCGUUUGUUUUUUUGGGUGUGUUUUUUUGGCGGGGGUGGUUAUUAAACCUAAAAGCCUGCAUCUUACCUGAACACUUUGGUAUCAUGAUCAGAUUCCAUGUUGGUGUGUGAUGCCUUGUUCCCAUUUCUACUAAAACUUUCUGCUUGGUUCUGUGAUUAAUAUAAAGUUAAUAAUUUGAACCCCUUCCUAACAAGAAUUCUCUUUCCACAAAGUCUCUGGUUGCUAAGGAGGACAGAUACCUAAGUUUAGAUACUUUAGGAAAACUGCGCUUUGGAGAGCAGAUCCAAAGAUUGUCCCAUUUGUUGAGAAAUUUUUCCCAUCCUGAGAUUUUGGGGAAAUGAAUAAAAUGAAAUGCUGGCUAAACUUCUCCUUUCCUCUCUUCCUCCAGCCUCUUCUGUCUGCCUCCCUUUUCUUUUCUCCAGGCCCUGAUCUUGAGCCUAGCUUUUCCUCUCUCUGCUCUAUCUCUAUGUGAAAACAGAACCAGAGAGAAUUAGUUUUGAGGCUUGGGAAAGAUUAUAGUAGACUCAGUAAAGGUUUUCUACCCAAAGAUGAUAAAAAUAAGUAGGUAAAGGAAUAGAGCAAAUGCUGGUAAUGACAUGGAACACUAGGUCCUUCAGAACUUUUUCCCCUUGGUUUCCUUAUCCUCUAUAACCUUCCAGAAAGGUAUUCAGCCUUCCCCCAAGGAUUCUUUCCCUGAAGCUUAAUCAUUCUUUUCCUGCUCAACUCACUUCUGCAGUCUUUGUGAUACAGUGUUUAUGACUUUUUGCUAACUUUAUUUUUAUCCCAAUCUAGCAGCUGUUCUUACAAAAGUUUCUUAACUCUCAGCCUGAUCACCAAACCGUCUUCCUGUCUCAUUGUAAUCAUUCCACACAUACUUUUUGAGCAUGAGUAGUUCAGAAUGCCUAUCUUUUUUACUAACUCUGUCUUAAAAUAGUCCCUUGAAGGCAGAACAGGCUACCAGUUAUCUGGGAUGCAAGUACCCUUCCUUCCUAUCCGUCCAUUUCCUUAGUGUAGGUGUUCGAGGAUCCAGAGGUGUUAGCUGACUUGACUCUUCUUUUCCCUGUCCUGAAGCUGUGACAUUUUCUGCAUACCUGAAAGCUCCAAAUAAGGGAGUCCAUGAAAGAUACUGAGGGAAGUAGCUUCCUCAGCUGCAGAUCUGCACCUUUUUGUGGUUCUCUAGGGUCAUUCUUUUUAAUCCACUAUCAUUCUAUUCUAAACUGUCCCUCCCUUAUCCCAACUUCUGGACUUUUGAAGAUAAAAGACUAGAAGCUUCCAUGGGGGUGAGGGCUGUAGAAAGAAGUGGCUAAGAGCAGGACUUGUUGGUGCUGGGUCCCUUUGCCAUGUUGGCUGUGAGAUGGAUGAGAGGGCAGGAAGCAGCCUGUGUGUAAGUAAGGAAGAGUAGCUGCUUUUCCCUGUUGUCAUCUGUGAGUGCUUCUGACAGGUAACAUCACUCACUUCUGAUUACAAAAGCUAACCUCCCCCUCUGUUUCAUGUCCACAUUCUUGUUUUUCCCUCCUAAAGGAUUGAAAAAUAAUGGCAGGUUUCAACACCUUUGCAGACCCUUUAAGCCCAAGGUGCCCCCUCGCUUUCUCUUUCUUUGUGAAUUGUCCCUUCCUUUAAUUUUCCACCUCUCACAUUCCUAUUACUUGAAUAAUUAUAAUGGAAUAUUGUGUAGCAACUUUGUUUUACUGCACUUGCUCUUGAGACCUUGUGCAAAUUACUUAAUCAUUGUGACUUUUCCAGAGACUUCGUACUAACAGCAACCCUGUUGUGAAGGUUGCUGUGAGAAUUGAUAAUAUAUUAUGUACUCAGCACACUUUACUUAUCAUAGUUUGCAUAGUAAUUGUUCAAUAAAUAUUAGCUCUUAAUUUUA